UACCGAUCGAGCGGUCAAUUUCUACGCGAUUUAUAUACGCCUCACAUUCACAUUCGUCCAGCCUUAACCUCGAAUUCCCGUUGAGUGAAUUGCAAUACGCGAUUAGAAUUGUUUCUUUCUUGUUUGUUGCGAUUCUGACAUAAAUUUUUCAGAAAAAAAUGUCUGACGAUGAAGUCGAAGCUUUCGAAAUUACGAAUUAUGAUCUGGACAAUGAAUUCAAUAUCAAUCGUCCUCGGAGGAAACUUACGAAGCAGCAACAAAUGCUAGGUGUUUGGGCUGACGACAGUGAUGAGGAUGCUGCACUACAACCAUCUAAGGGAGGAUUUAAAGGACCAUCUAGAGUACCUAAGAAUUAUACAGUUCCUGUCAGUUUCGUUGCUGGCGGAGUUCAACAGGCAGGAAAACCAAAGGAAGAAACACAAGAUCAAGAUGAUCAGGAUGAGACCGGUAUAGCUGAAGUAGGUGAUGCUGAUUAUGUACCGCACAAUUCCAGCGAAUCUGAAGAGGAAAUUGUGAAAAGUGGUACAUUGAGGCCGUCAUUAUCUAUACACUUAGAAGGUGACAUCGCCGGUCUUCGCCGAAAGAGAACCCAAAUGAACCCAGCCUUCAUGAAAACCGGGAUAGGCCACUGGGGAAAACACACAAAAGGAAUUGGAGCAAAGCUACUCCUCCAGAUGGGGUUCGAACCUGGCAAAGGUCUCGGUAAAAAGCUGCAAGGAAUAUCCGCACCCAUCGAAGUGCACCUCCGAAGAGGUCGAGGGGCGAUUGGGGCCUAUGGUCCAGAGAAGAAAAUGAAAUUCCCCGAAAAACAUAAAGACGAGGACGAUGACGAAGAAAAACUAUUUAAAGUGAAAUUAUCUCAGUGGAGAAAAACAGACACUGCCAUCACCAAGAGGAAGAUUAAAUACAAAUACAGAAGUGUUGAUCAGGUAUUGCAAGAUGGGAAAUUGCAUCCAAACAUCAAAUCUGCAGGUGUUGGAGGUGAAUUGAGUAGAGUAAAGGUCAUCGACAUGACAGGCCCAGAGCAGAGAAUUCUUAGUGGUUACCAUGCAAUUGCUGGGCAAAAACGUCCAGAUGAAUUUCUUCCAGAGCCGGACAAACGAUCUCCCGUAAAUUUUUCUCUUCCAGAGCUUCAUCACAAUUUGAAUCUUCUAGUAGAUAUGUGCGAACAGGAUAUAAUCCAAAACGAUAGAAAGACUCGUUAUCUUGGAGAUAGAGUUGUUAUCCUCGAGGCCGAGAAGAAGAACAUUUCCAGGGUUGUUACUCAUCAUGAGAAGCUUAUCGACACUCUUGAAAAUGUCCUAUCGAUUGUCGAUAAACUUAUAGACAGGAACACGCAAUUGUCGUUGAAAGAAACAGCUGAAGCCUUCAAAAAACUUCAAGACAGGUAUUACGAAGAAUACAAGAUGUAUGACUUGGGAGAACUAGCGAGUAGUUUAGUGGUGCCUAAGUUGAAAGAAUAUCUGGCAGGUUGGAAUCCCUUGGUGGAUCCAAACCUGCCAGUGAGUUUGAUGAAAGAAUGGAAGGAUAUCCUGGAGAUUGGUACCAGCACUCUGUCAGCGAGAAAUGAAAUGAAUCCAUAUGAUCAGGUUAUUUGGAAUGCCUGGAUGCCAUCAAUGAGAGGAGCUGUUCAGCAGUGGACUUGCAGGCAAUCAGACCCUUUGAUUGAACUCAUUGAGUGUUGGACACCGCUACUAUCAUCUUGGAUCCUCGAAAAUAUUUUAGAUCUCCUUGUCCUCUCCAAAUUGACAUUAGAAGUCGAGGAGUGGAACCCUUUGACCGACACUGUUCCAAUCCACACGUGGAUUCACCCUUGGUUGCCUCUAAUGGGCAACCGAAUGGACACUCUGAUCUAUCCCAUAAUUAGAAGGAAAUUGGGUUCUGCGUUGGGGGGUUGGCAUCCCUCAGACAGGUCUGCUAGGCUCAUGCUUCAACCCUGGGCCAAAGUUUUUUCCAAUGGAGAUAUGGAGGCUUUUCUCGUCAAGAAUAUCGUUCCCAAAUUGCAAAUUGCGCUGUCGGAGUUUGUUAUUAAUCCUCAUCAGCAACAUUUGGACCAGUGGAACUGGGUUCAUGAGUGGGCGACCCUCAUACCUUCUCAUAUUAUGGUGGGAAUACUUGACAAGUUCUUUUUCCCUAAGUGGCUGCAGGUGCUGGCCUUAUGGCUCAAUCAUUCCCCGAAUUAUGAUCAGAUUACACAUUGGUAUAUGGGCUGGAAGAAAAUGUUAAACGAGAAGCUGUUGGGUGAACCUCUUGUCAAAGAUCACUUCAAAAAAGCGUUAGAUAUGAUGAAUCGUGCCGUAUCAACUCCCCAGGGUCACCAACCUGGUGCCAUGGAGCAAGUAUCCUAUUUAACCAGUUUAGAACGUAUACAACCAACGAUGACACAAAUUCCAGCAGCAGCACAGCCAAGGAUCGAGAGGCUUGCAGAAGCUGUACGAACAGCGUCGCAGAUACCCCAGGGAUUCAAAGACCUGGUACAGAAAAAAUGCGAAGAGCGAGGUAUACUCUUUAUGCCAAUUCCAAACCGACAAAGGGACGCUAAACAAGUGUAUAAAGUUGGCAAUAUACAGGCGUACGUCGAUGGAAAUGUCUUAUUUGUAUGCCAUAACGGAAUCAGUUGGGUUCCCACUCAUCUCAAUGCACUUUUAGACAUGGCAGAACUUUAAUUAUUAAUUAAUACGUUAGUUACAAUAUUAGCUGAACACUGAAUCAAUUAGUGGAUAGGACUUACGUAUUGUAUUUCACGAAUGUUGACUAUUUAUCUAAAUACCAGUAAACGGAAAUGUUGUACUUAGA